AUGACGCUCUUUAUCCUUACGGAGACGUCGGCCGGCUAUGCGCUGCUCAAGGCGAAAGACAAGAAGUUACUGAAGCGCGAUGACUUGGCCAAAGAGGCCGAGACGGCAGAGGGUGUGUGCAGUUUGUUGAAGCUGAAGCAGUUCCGGAAGUUUGAGAGUGCUGCGGCGGCGUUGGAGGAGGCGUCGGCGUUGACGGAUGGGAAGGUCACGCCUAUGCUCUCCAACAUGCUCUCGGAGCUCAAAGACGAGAAGAAAGUCUCCCUCGCCGUCGCCGACCCGAAACUCGGCAAUUCGAUCACGAAGAUCCCUGGACUCGACAUCUCGCCUGUCUCCGACUCCACCACCGCUGACCUGUACCGUGCCAUCCGCGAACACCUUCCCUCUCUCAUUCCCGGCCUACUACCAGAAGAGAUCGGCACAAUGAGCUUGGGUCUUUCGCACAGCUUGUCGCGACACAAGCUGAAGUUCUCGCCUGAUAAGGUGGAUACUAUGAUCAUCCAAGCGAUUGCGCUGCUGGACGAUCUGGACAAGGAGUUGAAUACGUAUGCUAUGCGAGUCAAGGAGUGGUAUGGAUGGCAUUUCCCUGAGAUGGCCAAGAUCAUCAACGACAAUCUCGCCUUCUCGAGAGUUAUCUUGUCCAUGGGCAUGAGGACGAAUGCUGCUACGACGGACUUGAGCGAUAUCCUGCCAGAGGAGAUCGAAGGUGCUGUCAAGGCUGCUGCUGAAGUGUCCAUGGGUACCGAAAUCACCGACGUCGAUCUGGACUGCAUCAAGGAGCUGGCCGAGCAAGUCGUAGGAUUCACCGAGUACCGUCAGCAGCUCUCUUCCUACUUGACCGCCCGCAUGCAAGCCAUCGCACCUAAUCUCACAGCAUUAGUCGGCGAGCUCGUAGGCGCACGACUCAUCGCCCACUCUGGCUCCCUUAUGAACUUGGCCAAAUCACCUGCCUCGACCAUCCAAAUCCUCGGUGCAGAAAAAGCACUUUUCCGUGCGCUUAAGACCAAACACGACACACCCAAGUACGGACUUAUCUACCACGCCUCCCUCAUCGGCCAAGCGAGCGGCAAGAACAAGGGCAAGAUCGCACGUAUGCUCGCCACGAAAGCUACGCUCGGUCUUCGUGUGGACGCCCUCAGUGACUGGGGUCAAGCAGGCGAAGGCGAGAAGGAGGAGCCGACUGAGGAGGAGAAGUCUGAAGUCGGUGUGCAAGGCCGCGCUAUGCUCGAGCGAAGACUACGAGGAAUGGAGGGUAAGCCACUCAAAGCCAGCGGUGUCGCUAUCGGACCUGGUGGAAAACAACAACCUCAGACGCCAAAGUGGGAGAUCAAGGAAGCGAGGAAGUACAAUGCUGAUGCUGACGGUGUUGCCGCGGACGCUACACCUGCCGCUGCUCUGACAAAUGGUGACUCCGCCAAGCCGAGCAAGAAGAGAAAGCUGGUCGAAGAGGUGGACGCGCCGAGCAGUAAGACGCUCAAAGCAAGCUCAUCUACACCCGUUAAAGUCGGCGCUGAAGAAGAAGACGACUCGGACGAUGACGAGGACGAGAGUAUGGAGGAUGAAGAGGAUAGCCGACUCAUUACCAAGACUAACCUCAACGGCACCGCUACACGAAAGGAACGGGAGGCUGCGGCGCCACCGAAUGAGGCCAAGACUGCGCCUGAUGAUAAGGCGGCGCGGAAGGCGGAGAAGAAGAAGUUGAAGGCUGAGAAGGCGGAGCGGAAGGCUGAGAGGGCGGAGAAGAGGGCGAAGAAGGAGGGGAAGGUGAAUGGGGACGUGAGUAAGGAGGGCAAGAAGCGGAAGGUGGAUGCUGGUGGGGAGGAGGAGCCGGCGAAGAAGAAGACGAAGAAGAGUAAGGCGAGUUCGUAG